AUGGCACCGAGACUAUCCUUGUCACAACUGCAACUCAUUCGCGAUAUGAUAGAAAGCCAGUCGUUAACCCGUUCUCAAAUGGCGGAGGCAGCAGAAUGCAGCGAACAAACGAUCAAAAACAUCCGCAGAAACUUGCGACAGUUUGGACACGUUUAUGCUCCCCCGACUCGGAUCGGUCGGAGACAAAUUAUAACACCACCGAUGAUAGAAGCGCUCUGUGACCACCUGCUAGAAAAGCCAGGUCUGUAUCUAGAGGAAAUGGCCAUAUUUCUAUGGGAUGAAUUUCAGACGCUAGUAACCACCUCUAGUAUCAGGAGGGCCCUUGUAUCCCAACGCUGGACCAAAAAGACCGCCAGACAGACUGCUAAGGAACAGAGUGCCGAAUUACGAGAAGUUUAUCUUCACAAUCUCUCGGAAUUCGAAUCGUGCCACCUUGUUUAUGUCGAUGAGUCUGGAUGUGAUAAACGAGUCGGUUUCCGACGGACAGGCUGGUCACCACUUGUUGUUGCACCUCGACAAGUGUCACAGUUUCACCGUGACGAGCGUUAUCAAAUUCUGCCCGCAUAUGCUGAAGAUGGCAUUCUGCUUACUCGUGUCUUUCGUGGGUCAACGGAUGCCGCCGUGUUCGAAGAUUUCAUCGAUGAGCUUCUUGUUCAUUGCGGCAGAUGGCCGGAGCCAAAGUCUGUUCUAGUCAUGGAUAAUGCAUCAUUUCAUCACUCUUAG